UCGGAUCGGUUGGCCAUAGCCUCCCCGAAAAUACACAUAUACACAUGGAUAUAUAUUUGUACGCCGCAUUUCGGACGUUGCGAGUGCAGCGGAAAAACUGAAACUGAAAAAUCGAGGAAAGUGCUCGUGACUGGAAUUCCGCAUUUGUUUACCAUUUGUGUGCUUUCGCGUUUUUGUUUGUGUGUUAAUGCUCUGGAAAAGGGAAACAAUCGAGAUUGGAUCAACAAGAUUGGUGCGCCACCUAGCGGUCAGAUUGGGUCUCCAUCCUAUAAAUGUGUCCAAAACUUUGACGUAUCCGCCGGAAGCGCCUUAACUGGCCAUAACAAGUGCAAAGCCCAACAGGUGGAGGGACUACCCAAAUCGAGUGGGAAAUAAACAGAAAGCCACUGCUAUAACCCACUGAAGACUUUUCCAGCGAUUAUUAUAAGGAAGGAAACAUAAUGUCUGUGGACAACCCGUAUUACUUUUGCAAUGACACCAAGUCGCCGCGCACCCCGGACUCCCAGUCCUCCAGCCGGGGCUUCUCGAUCUUCAAGCGGCGCAACUCGAAGGGCAGCAGUCCCCGGCCAGUGGUGGUGACCAAUCCGGAACAGAAGCGCCUGAUGACAUCCGCCAAUUUGGACACAACGGCCUCCAUGGCACUCGGAAGUCCCCGGGGCAGCUUCAAUUCCCUUGGCGGCUUCUCGCAACCCUCGUUUGAAAUGCAACCGAUGCACAUGUACCGCCAGCGAUCUUCCAAUUCGCACUCGGAGUUCCGGGAACGCCUGAAUUCCUGCAAUGAGACACACAGCUCCCAGUGUCCCGGAGGCGGAGGAUCGGGGGCUGGGGAUCACGACGAGGUCUUCAAUCCGCUGACAUCGCCAACAAGCAGCAAAUCCCAUCGACAUCACACCCUGCCAAGUGGCGGAUCUCGUCGCCAUUCCCUGGGAAACUGGGCCCAACAUCAGCAGCAGCAGCAGCAUCAUAACUCGGGAGCCAUGGGCCUGGGUUCUCCGGAUGAGGUGCCCAGCAUGAUGGCUCCCCGCCCACCGCUCCUCUCGCCCAACAAAUUCCGCAGCGGUUCCCAUCGACGAAGAGACAACUGCGGCAACGUGAACAACGCAAGUGGAGCGAGUGCAUCCGGAUUCCUGGGUUCCGCCGGCUACAACAUGGACGACAUCCUGAUCAUCACCGCCAAGCACAGCGAGCGGGCCUAUUUGAGGGCCACUUUCCUGAAGAACCACUUCGACAAGAUCACCAAACAGCGCGGACGGAAACCAUUCAAUUUUCUGCACAUCAAAAUUGACGAUGGUCCCUUCAGCGAGGAGAUUGCCCAGAAGUACCAGAACACAGCGCUGCAGAUAGUGAUCCUGUGUCCCGCCUUGUUGGCCCUUCCCCACAGCUUCCUGAUGACCCAGCUGUCGGUGAUCAUUCGGGUGGAGAAGGUCCUGGCCAUUCUGCUGGACGUGAGCGAGGACAAGGUGAAGGAGAUGCACAAGUCGGCGCUGCCCAGCUACUACAAGUGGCGGCGAUGUGUGGUCAGGGACAAUGACCAGGUGCAGAUCAGCAAUAUCCUGGGCAUAGCCACCGAUAUCCUGGGUCGAGCUCUGUGCCAGCGACCCCCAUGCCAUGAUAACUCUGGAGGAGGUGGAAGUGGUGGCCUAUCCCGCAGCUUUUCCAGCUGCACCGAGGGAUUCACUGUGCUGCCCAAGAAGGUGAAACUGGGUCAGAAUAAAGUGGUGGCCCUGUUGGCCGAACCGCUGGAGAAGAAUGACACGCUGAAGCUGCUGGUGGAGAAAUCCGGUGAGCUGAUUGAGCUGCGCAACUUCAAGUGCCGCAAUCCCUACACCCUGCAGUUCAACAUCCCAGAGGCCUGCAUGGAGAUCUCCACCAUGAUCGAGAUCCGGAUCGAGAAGAACAACAAGAGUCUGGGUGCCAGGCCCAUCAAGUGCGAGAGUCGUCUGCGGGAAAUGGAGCAGCUGCUGCGGAUCGAGGACUCGCCGAUAGAGUUUAUGUGCCAUGCCUUGGGUAUUGGACCCGUGGAGCGGGAUGCCCUUGAUCAGCACUUGCUCCAGUGCUUCCAGCGGAAUAUGCCGCCCAAUUUCCAUCUGCUCAGUGGUCCCAGUGAGCGGCAGCCGCACUUCUUCACCCGCCUGGAGUCCAGUCCCGAGGAGUAUCCCACCCUGCUGCACUUCGCCGCCAGGUGGGGCCUCAAUCGCCUCUGCAUCCAGCUAAUGGAGUGCCCAGGUGGCGACACCGCCUGCGGCGUGAGGAACUGCGCCGGACGCACUCCGGCCGAGUUGGCCGAACAGGAGAAUCACCACAAGCUGGCCCAGAACAUAGUCAGCUUCGCGGAGUUCCAUGAACUGACCACCAUGUACCACUACUUCAAGGGAGUGACCCCACCUGGCGAGAGCAGUCCCAAACCCAAUGCCAAUGUGGUGAUCGAAGCUCAUCCCGGCAAGGGAAAGCCACCCAAGCAAUUGCCAGCGGCGGAGUACAUGGAGAUGUCCAGCGGAUCGGAGCGGGAGAAUACACCCGAAGUGAGGCCCAAAACGGAGACCCUGGCCAUCUCGAAUCUCAACUACAUCAGUGUGGAGACGGAGGAUGAGAACCUGCAGGCCUCCGUGGCCGAAAAGAAGGUGGAGUCCGAGAAGAAACUACCAGAAGCUGGUGGCCAACCGGGUCCGGAGAAGACCACCAAUGAGCUGAGGAUCAAUGAGCCACCCUACUACCAGUCCAAGGAGCAGAACCAGCCACCAAAGGAUAUGGCCAAAUCUCUGGAUGAAGUGGACUGUGCACCUCUCUACCAGACCGACAAGUUCAGCCAGGAGUGCUCACAGCUGCUGGAGAACCAGCCGGGCAACGAUUACGUGCUGCAGCCCUCCAAUGUGCCGGUGGUCCAGGAUGAUGGCAACUACCUGUUCCAGCCCUCCAAUCGACCCGUGGAGGAGCCCCUCCGGCUGAGUCGGGAAACGAGCGCCAGAAGCCAGAAGCAGCAGCAGCAGCCUGGCUAUGGAACCCUCAAGCGCAGUGCCAGCGAUGCCUCUGCCGCCAGUCACACGCGUUCCAAUGCGGACGAUGAGCUGGCCGAGAUUAUGCAUGAUUUCAAGAACAAUGUGCUCUCAAUUCGGGAUGUGGAGCAGCUGGUGGAGCGUUGGAAGCACCGCAACGAUGUACAGCAGAGCUUCCGGGAGAAGCAGGAGCAGAUUGACCAGCUGCGCCGGGAGUACGAGCGCAUCCAGGAGCAGGUGAAGACGCAUCUGAAACGGGAGACGCCCUUCGAGCGAAUCAAGAAGUUCUUCUCGCGAUCCAAGACGCCGGGUGGAAAUGAUAGCCUGCUGGAUGAGACCAAAUCCUCGAUUGCCACCAGCUGUAGCUUCAAGUCCAGUGGCGGAGUCAGCUCCGGCGUGGGAGCAGGACGUCCCAUCAGCUCGCUGAGCCUGCAGAGCGUGUCCAGCUCGAGUUCCUCCUCCGGGAGACUGAGCACAGGCAGCAAUUGCAGUGGGGCCUCGCUGGGAGACUCGGGCACCCACUCGGAUCACGAGGAUCGUCGCUUUCCCCACUGCCGGAUGAUGGACAACUACAUGGUGCCACCUCCUCCGCGGCCCGUCUUCACGCCCAGCUCCACGCCCGGCGAUGAGCGUCACCAGAUCGUCUUUCCCUCGCCCAUGUCCAGUUGCCAGCGCCUGAACACACCCACCAGUCCCACGGGAUCCGAGCACUACCAGAUGUUCCCCUCGAACAUACCCGUGUACGGCGGCAGCCAACCGCUGGCCCAGUCCCAGAGCAACAACUAUCUGAACACCAUCGUGGAGGCCAAGGAGCAGGCGGAGAAUCAGCACUAUCAGAACCACAACGGAGUCACCCUGCAGCCCAUCAAGCUGAACGAGCGCUCCAACAUCAUCUACGGCAAGCUGACCAAGAGCAGCUCCGCCAGCGGAUGCAGCUCCUUCAAGCCCAAGCAGAUCCCAGUCCCCUGUCCCCAGGUGGGCAGCAUCGAGGUCCAGGCCGAGGUCUACCAGAAUGUGGGUGACAUUGCCCCGGAAAGUGACUCCAAGGCAGAGGAGCAGGCGCCCAACUACAUGAACUGCUAGGCCAUCCAAACGACACAUCUCGAAAUCGAAAGAUUCGACAAAAAGAUACAUAUAUCUUAGCACCCAAUUCCGAUUGAUCUAUCAUAUUUCAUACAAUUUUGAUCUACUUCGGAAUCCUUGAUAUUUGCUUAGUCUGUAAGCUCAUCCCUUCGCAUACCAAAUGAAAGGAUAAAAUGAGUAUGAACUAGUUAUUGUUAUUCUAAUUUUACCUUUAAGAUGUUCGAAAGUGGUCCUUAGAUCUUUGAAAAUUUUUAAGACUAAAAUUGAAAGUUCUAAUGAACAUCACUUCGGAUUAUUUGUAUUAUCUCUUUAGUCUUCGGUUUCAGCAUCUAACUGUACAUUUUUGAAACGAUUGCAAGCAACCAAAUCAACAUAUCUUUAGAGAAUAAGUGUAGAUCCUAAGUUGAUACAAGCGAACCAAGCAUCUGAAAUCUCAGAGCGAUUCAUUCAACUCUAGGAUUAACCCAUUUAGUGUUAAGAAUCCCAUCUUUGGCAUGCCGCUAAGCAUGAAAAACUCGUUCAUUCUACUAUCCUCAUAUCCCCCGCAAAGUUAAACGCAAUAAAUUUUUUAUAUAUAAGCAGA